AAGCAUUAAAGCAACACUUCCCCUCUAAGUUUGAAUCUUCCUCCACUGUAUUCCCAGUGAAAGAAAAAUCUCAUUUCUACAGAGCUUUUAAUCUCUUAGAGACAAAGCGUCUCAUGGCUUCUUUCGAUACCUUCGGCAUCGACGGCGAGGAGAUUCACACGUCCAAUCACAGAUCCUUUGAAGAAGAAGAAGACGAUAGCUACUCCAACUUCGGUUCCUACUCCAACUUCACCACCGGCGGCACUGGCGAGUUCCCCAGCGGAGAUGUCCCCGUAGAUCAUGUCGCUGCCUCUUCUCCUGAUGUCUUUGGAUUCGGAUCUUCUUCAGUCGAUGUGGAUCCGAACGCUAGCUAUUCGCAGAGUCCGUUCAGCACGAUCCACGUUGAAAACGGCAACGGCAACGGUUAUAAUGUAGCUGGAGAUGGCGUUUUUACUUCGGAUGGGCCUGUGCUUCCUCCACCUUCUGAGAUGGAGCCCGAGGAAGGAUACGCCCUUCGCGAGUGGCGGCGUCAAAAUGCCAUUCAUCUUGAGGAGAAGGAAAAGAGGGAGAAGGAAAUGAGGAAGCAGAUUAUUGAAGAAGCGGAAGAGUAUAUACUUGCUUUUUAUGAGAAAAGGAAGCUUAACAUUGAGACCAACAAAACUAAUAACAGGGAAAGGGAGAAGUUAUACUUGGCCAACCAAGAGAAAUUCCAUAAAGAGGCUGACAAACAGUACUGGAAAGCAAUAGCAGAGCUUAUCCCUUACGAGGUUCCCAAUAUUGAGAAGAAGAGAGGCAAGAAGGAUCAAGAAAAGAAACCGUCAAUUACUGUAAUCCAGGGGCCAAAGCCAGGAAAACCCACUGAUCUUUCAAGGAUGCGCCAGAUACUCGUGAAGCUGAAACACACACCCCCACCUCACAUGAUACCACCUCCACCUGCACCCAAAAAGGAUGCCAAAGAUGGAAAGGAUGGAAAGGACGCCAAAACUGGAAAAGAUGCAGCAUCAAAUGCAACAGGUUCUGAUGUGAAGGAGCCUGUUGCAUCUCCUAAAGAUGCCACUUCAAAUGGUUCAUCGCACCCUCCCAAAGAAGUGGUUUCUCCAACUGGUGACCAGCAUGCCUCGGAAGCCGAAUCAAAACCAACUGCCUAAUUGCUUGCAAUGGCAUUACCUUGUUUUCACUAGCUUUUUCAAUUUUAUAUUUUGUAUGAUCUUUAUCAAUAUUUUGUCCUCAUAUUCCUUGUCUUGUCGAGCUAUUGUCUUUUUAUCUGCAUGCAGAUCUGACAGUGGGUUUUAUUCUUUGAAGGGGGUAUAUUGCAUAAACUGGAAUUUAGUUUUGUAGACCACUUCGUGCUUUUCAUAAAGCUUGUUUACUGGCAUGGUAAAACAACUGAAAAUUACCCUCCUGUUCAUGCGAUUGAAUUUCUAUUAAUAUAUAUAUAUUUUCU